AUAGUAAGUACAAAAUUGUCUGUGAAUAUUGUACGACAUAUAAAAACGUCUUUCUUGCAAGGAUAUUGCGAUAAUAUACCUUCACUAUCAUACAAUAAUAAAGAAGUGAGGCCGGCCAUCCCUAGCCUGAACUCCAAGACCGGAAGUUUCCAAACAAUUUCCAAGAACGAUGAUUUCUACUGAAGCUUUAUUGUUAGAAAUACCUCCUCAUGGGUUAAUUCACAAGUUGACUGGAACUUACAGUAAGCUAUGGAUGCUCGACAGGAAAAUGAAUGGUGCAGAGCACAAAAUGUAAGUUUCACAGAAGCAGAGCACAAAAUGUAAGUUUCACAGCACAUGAUCUGGUGACUGCUGCCAAAGAACAAAUCUUUUUUCUCCAAUCUGUACAUUCAUGCUACCCUUCUCUUUACCAGGGUCCUCUUCUACUUGCAGCAGUAAGAAGGUAUGUAAAGUACUGGCUUCCACUUUUAGCAGAGUUAGAUGGGUACAGUGCUUCAUGGAUUCCUCUUGUUCCACCCUUGGAGUGCGGUUGGAUAUGGCAUUGUCAUAGAUUAAAUCCGGUAGCAUAUGAAAAAGAUUGUCAAAGAUUAUUUGGUAGGGUGUUGGAUCCUCCAUUCAUAGAUGCACCGAUGAAAGAAAUUGCUGUGGAUGGAAGUGCAUAUAUUUGGGAUAAAAGAUAUCCUGGGCAUCCAUAUCGGUUAGAUCCCAAAGACUACCUUGGCCUUUCAGAUGCUGAUGUCUGUUGUGAAAAAACACCAUUUGAGGUUGAGCUUGAGCAGGCUGUCUACAAUCAGAAAAAAUUCUACCAUCAGGUAUGUGAACCACACAUGAUAGAUGAUCAAUAUUUGAAACAUGCGGUAGAAAGGUAUAAAGCCUUCUUAUAUUUAAUUGAAAAGUGUUCUAGAGAGCUCAACAUGCACUGCCCUUUACUUGUACCUACGUGUGAUAUAGAAUUGAUUUGGCACACUCACCAGUUGAAAGUAGAGGCAUAUAGAGAAGACAUGAUUAAGGUGGUAGGUAGAGUACUUCAUCUUGAUGGUACUAGUGAGGGAAUGAGCAUGAGACAAAGGUUGGAUGAGGGGUUUAAACAAACUCAAGAUUUAUGGGAGAAAAUUUUUGGAUUUACUUAUGAGAGAGCGGGUGCUACAUACAAAUGUUACAAAUCAAAUCCAUUGCCCACACCCAACUUACCUUUUACGCAUCAACCUACACUUCAAGGAUCUCAACGUGUUCUCAGCCUACAAUGUCAACAAGAAGGUUACCUCAAGAAAAGAAUAAUUAUGGAGGUAUGCCUAGCAAUUUUAGGUGGAAGACACAUUCCUAUAAAAAGUGAUCAAAAUUUCUUUGUUCGAGUUAAACUAUUGAGAAAAUGGGCAGACUUCAAAGUGGACACCAUUGAAAAGAGCAACUCAACAAAUGCAAUAAAUUGGAAACAAUCAUGGAUUAUAGAAUGUGAAAUUGCUACAAAUGGAUUGACUUUAGAACUUCGCUCACGCCCUAAACAUUUUUUGAUGGGAAAAGUACAAAGUUCCAAAUUAAUUGGAUCUUCCACACUUGAAUGGAAAAAGUUGUUGGAGUCUCCUAUGCUCCAUAUGAACAAAUGGGUUGUUGCAAUUCCGUUGGAUUUUCCUAAGGACCAAAAGGAUAUCCAACCCAUGUUCCAUGUUGUUGCAACUUCUACACCUACUAAAGUUGGACCUUAUUUGCUAAAAAUGGUACAUGCAAGACCUACAGAUGAUAAUGGAGAAACACUUCAACCAGGGUUUCAACAACGUGGAGGAUGGAUUAGUAGAACAAUUAUUGAUCAUGCAAGAGAGGAAAUCUUUGUGGCACGAAUCAAAUUUUUUGAAGGGGUGUUACAUCCUCAACUUGUACGAGAGAAUGAAAAGGUGAUUCAUAUUCAUCGAGGUGGUUGGCGUUAUAAUGCCCACUAUCCCAUAGAAGCAAAACAUGGAAGAGUCCCAGGAGAUAUUAUUGGUUCUGCACAACAACUCACAAAUUCAAAUUGUGAUCAAUAUGUUUUGCAUUCAAUGAGACAAUGGUCUUUAUUUAAUGGUGAUGCAACACUCACAAUCAAAAGAAGUUCUCAACUUAUAGAAAUACAAGGCAAUUUAGGGUAUCCGAUGACAUUAUAUCGUGGAAGAAGGCUACAAUAUCAAGUAGAGGAAGGAUCCAACAAUGAUGAUAUGUCAUUUGUAACAAUUGUACGAUUUUUUCCAAAUGCACCAUUAGGAAGAGCUACUGCAUUAUUCAAUUGGAGAACUGGAGAAAUUGAGGUCUCCGAGGAGGAAAAUGUCGUAUUAGUAAUUUUAUUGAUGGCUACAAUUGGUGUUUCUAUAUAUGAUAUGAUGGGUGAUGUGAUUGGAGAGCAAACCAAACAUCAGAAGAGUAUUACCUUAGACAGUAAUGAGCUGGGGUGCUUGGUUGUGAAUAAAAGAUAUUGGUAUACUAAAAAUAUUGAAGAAAAUCAUGAUAUGAUACUUGGAGGUAUGAUUCGAGAGGAUCAAAGGACCAUGAAACAAAAAAAUGGCCCAAAUGAUACAAACUCACUAGAAGGGAAUUCAUCCGACCAAAUAGAGGCAACAUUUGGCCUAAUAGGAGCAACAUUAGAAAUUAUUGGUAAUAUUAUAGACUCCUAAUGGAUUUGGUUGUGGAAAAAGGUGAUUCUAUAUCAGAUAAGAAUAUUAUUAUUAAAAUAGUAUUGAUAAACUUUAACAAGGUUACAAUUGGAUUAUGUCAUCCUUGUCU